AUGUCAGACUCCUUCCUGAUUACCUCCCACCUCUGCAUUGUCAAACACAGAGCAAAUGUUUCAUCCAGGCAAAUGUUUGCCUCCUGUUUGAAGAGGCAGCAGUUAAACAGGGUGCUCGACAUGGAGCUGGACUUUGACCCGUCGGAGCUGCAGCCGCAUGACUUCGAGAAGAACUUCAACAAUCAGAAAGCUAGAGAAUGGAUGCGGAACAAUUGGCACAUGUCUUUAUAUUUUGCUGCGGCUUAUCUGGUCCUGAUCUUUGGAAUACAGCAUCUCAUGAAGGAACGGAGAGCCUACAACCUGCGCCCAGGACUGACCUUGUGGUCCCUCAGUCUGGCCUUGUUCAGUGCCGCUGGAGCAAUUAGGGUCUGGAAAGUAAUGGCCUUCAUCAUCUCUACUAAGGGAUUUAAGCAAUCAGUGUGUAGUCAAUCCUUCCUCGUCCAGCCCAUCUUUCAGUUUUGGGGCUAUUUAUUUGUGCUGAGCAAACUCCUGGAACUGGGUGACACCGUGUUCAUUGUUCUCCAGAAAAAGAAGCUCAUCUUCCUCCACUGGUACCAUCACACUACCACACUGAUAGUCAGCUGGUAUGCCUGUGAUGAUCUGGUGGGUGGUGGUGGCUGGUCUGCAGCUGUGAACUACAGUGUCCAUGCUAUCAUGUAUUCCUACUAUGCUCUGCGAGCCGCAGGCUUCCAGGUAUCCCGCUUCAUUGCCAUGACAAUCACCACUAUACAGAUGGUGCAGAUAGUGGGAUAUAUAAUAAUGAAUGUCUUGAUCAUCAUCUGGAUGGAUGAUAAUGUCUGCCCCAUCAGAUGGACAGUUAUUUUCAUUUCUUCUGUGUUGUAUGUCAGUUACCUGGUGCUCUUCGGCAACUACUUCUUCCAGACUUAUCUGAGGAGGUCUCAGAAAUCAAAGGGGGAAUAA